AUGGCCCCAGUGAUAGUGGCAUCUGGCAUGUAUAGAUCCUCGUUGUUUGAGGAAUGUACAUCCUCUAAGUCUUGUGGCAGUCUUGUUGAGAGUCUACCGGGAGAUGUAGAGCCUGUGUUAGAAGUAUCACUUGGAGUUAAUGCAGACCGUGGCUGUACAGACUAUGCUUGCAGUGAGGGCAUCCCCUGCACAGUUAUCAUCUGGUUUGGCAGACCAGCUGAGGCUCUACUAGAUGUAGAGCCUAAGUUUGAUCUACCAUUUGCGCAUGUUCGAGUUAAUGUAGAUUGGGCUUGUAGUGAGGGCUUGAGCUGCACAGUUGUAAUCUGGUUUGGCAGGACCUUCUACCUCUUCAUACUGACUAUUCGACGCCUGAGUGGCAAACCCAUAACGACAUACAUCAAAAGCAAGUAUGGCAAGACAGCACUGGACACUUUUAGGAGGACGGAGAAGCUUUCCUACCGCUCCAAAAAGCUGCAGAAAGACAUAAAGUUCCUGAAUUUAUGCAAAUAUUACGAUGUAAUUCCCAAAUUUCUCAACUUCCGUGUUCACAAUCCUGUAUUUGAAAGCACCCAAAUAUAUCGCUCCUGGUGUUUUGUACUCCUAGACAGAGAAAUCUCCAACCAAAAGAAAAAAGAAACUGUAAUCACUGACAAACUUAAUAAGGAUUAUCUUAAUCUGAAAUCUAUACUAUCUCCAUUGGACUAUAUUUGUAUUACUAGACUGAUCAACAAUAAUGUCCACAAGAAAAUGGUUAAGGUUGACAACAUUCACAGUAACAAACUUCUAAAACUAGGUAUUGACGUGAAGAAAAAAGUUGAUAAAAACAAAGUGAUCUUUAAUUUCUCUGAUAAAAACUUAUCUGAAGAACAGAAAGAUAUUCUUUCCCAUGGACUGGAUUAUUGUUUGCCGCCAACUAAGGUUUCCUUCCAUAAAUUCUUUCUCUAUUUUGAAAAACUAUGUAAUAAUCUAAAAAACUGUGAUAUCUAUAAUAACACCUUCAAUAAUGUCACCAGUAAUAUAUCAACCAUAGCCAAUAACACCUUUAAGAAAUUCUCUCGUCAAGUAUUCUGGAUGACCAUACCAAAUUCAAGAAAAUCACUACUAAAAUAUCCACCCACUUGUUUAUACCUCGAAGAUAAACUUAAAAGACUUCUCCGGGCCAUUAAACCAUCCAUCGGUGAAAGCACCUAUAAUUUCCUGUCAACUUCUGGCUCCCAACCCGGAAGGCUAUAUGGUCUCCCCAAAGUUCACAAACCAAAUAUCCCUCUAAGACCCAUUAUUUCAUCGAUUGGUACUUUUAACUACAACACUGCAAAGUUCCUGGUUCCUAUCAUUUCCCCGUUAACUACCAAUCAAUAUACCAUUGAAAAUUCCACAGCCUUUGCAAAUGAAAUAACCUCUCUUGACCUUGAACAACCCAGCACUAUGGCGAGUUUUGAUGUGGAAUCGUUGUUCACGAAUGUGCCACUUCUAGAAACCACAGAGAUUAUAGUUGACAACAUACAAACCACCCAUCUCAACAAAUUUGGUUUAACAAAAGAUAGCUUCAAGAAACUACUCAAUAUUGCAGCUCAUCACUCUGUUUUCUCGUAUAAUGAUGAUCUUUAUAUGCAAACAGACGGAGUAGCAAUGGGUUCCCACUUGGCCCCUCAUAUGCCAAUGCCUUCCUUUGUCAUCAUGAAAUUAACUGGCUUAAACAGUGCCCACCAGAAUUCAGACCUGUCUACUACCGACGAUAUAUUGAUGACACUUUCGUUCUAUUCAAACACCCUUCACAUGUUAAUUUGUUUUUGA